AUGGCUAUACUUUAUCUCGGUCCGAAUAAUUGUCCAGAUUUCGGAUCUGAUUAUUUGCUUUCACCCAUUGUUGGUCCCGACGAAUUAUUAGCGCAAUUUCCCAAGACUUAUUUCAUGUGUGGCGAGAAAGACCCUUUCGUCGAUGAUACUGUGGUUUUUGCAGGACGUAUACGGGAGGCUAAGCGGAAAAAGAGUCAAAUGAGCAAUGGGGGAAAAUUUGGUGAAGGAUUGAGAAUGAGUAGCCUGGAUAAAGCCCAUCAAUCUGAGAAUUGGGUGGAAGUUAAGAUUAUUCAAGGUGUUGGCCAUGCAUUUUUGAUAAUGAUUUUAUUGUUACCAGAAAGUAAGGGGGCCGUGAAAAUAUGUGCACAAUGGUUACAGGAAUGUUUCCAAGAAAUCCGAACACAGAACAAUACAAGUUUGAACAACAAAGUUAUUAGUGAGGCUGUUAAUGAAGAUGACGAAGGACUCGUUAUUGCACCUCGUCGUUCAAUAACGAGUGAUAUCACAAAACACCAACCGACUAAUGUAGAUCUUUCCCUUCAUCAAAACCACGAAAAUACCACGAUGUUACAACUACAUACCUCGCAUUCACUUCCUAAUGUUUUUACACCUGGUGAAAUGACUCAAAAAUCAUCGAUCCCAUCUCAGAUACACGUUUCUGCGUCAGAAAUCGGAUUAUCUCCCGGACAUGAACAGGAACGUGCUCUUUGGGAACAACAAAAUAUCUUGAAUGAAAGUGAAAUUAUGAAUAGAAGGCGUGAAAGUUUAAUAAGAAACUUGGCGGAACAUUCGACAUUUAAAAAAGCAAAAAAAUAA